UUACAAUUACUCGAUAAAAAACACCAUCUUCUAACACACUGCUGUUUUGAAGUGUACAUUUGAAAUAAAUUGACAUCGGUUCCGAUAAAUGGCUUUCCACAAAUCAACUCAAUAUUAGGUAAUUCAAAGCUACAUCAGUUUUUCAAAACCAUCAAGGCAUAAGAAAACAGACGAUAUAAACACUAAACAUGUUCUUCUAUUAGGCACUUAUUGCUUAACUACCUAUCUAAUGCAAAUUUUUCUGGAACGACUAUGAGAAUCAAACCAAUGACCUACGCAAUUGCUGCGAUGAUUUUAAUCGAGACCAAUUUCCUGAUUUGCACAAUUACAAAUGCGGACGACUUGCAAAAACUCACUUCUCAGAUCGUACCUUCCACGAAUUUCAAAACCACCUCAAAUAGCCCAGAUAUUCAACCUUUACCGUGGAAAACAUUCACCGAAGAAUUAUCCGAAUUAUUAUCACCAGAUAUUUUCUCAAGUGCGAAUCCGUUUACUCACCUCCUUAUCAAAGUGAUAAAAUUACCCUACGAUACAAUGAAUCGAAUAAUGGACCAAAUAUUCACCUCUUUGUUGUUCAAAAAAUUUCCUCAACAGUAUAUUCCAUUUGCUAAGCUUGUGACAUCAAUUAUAAACUGUUUAUAUCGACUCGAGCGUGUGAAAAAAAUUACACCACUUCUUCAAAAUUCCAACCAAACAAACUACCUCUACAAGCCACUGGAUAUACUCAUAUCCGCCAUCGAUCCUGAAUUAUCACCUUUAUUUUCAUCGUACAUCUUGUCUGAUAAAAAUCCACCAUUUCGCGUUUUGAUAAAAUUACUAACCAUUCCAGAAAAUGAUCUCCCCAGUAUAAAAAUCCACCUCAAAGAUCUUUUUAAAAAUCGUCUAUUUCCUAGAAGAUACUUUGGAUUUGUAGAAAGUCUUCAGAUAUUUCUUGGUCAAGAACAUAUUCUUCAACAUUUGAAAAAAAGUAUCGCUGAAGUACAGCCUACUACACUGAUGGAAAACUUAUCAACUCAGAUAAAAGGUACUUUGGAAGAUGUUGAAUUUGGUCUGCAAGCAUAUGACCCUAGUAACGCUGAUUCCACACUGACUUCGCAGCAUUUGAAACAAGCCAUUGCUGAUUCACCCAAUAACGAUCAAGCUGGAUAUCUUCAGAGUGGAAAAACUGUAUCCCCUGAUGCGAUGAAAUUUCUAUCGCCUCGCAUGUUUUCUACAACGGAUCCAGUUACUUAUGUUCUCAACAAAGCCAGGAAACUCGACCCGUUUACCAUCCGUAUCACAAAUAGUAUUUUGACAUCUCAUUUGGACGAUUACGAGUUUCCUCAAGAAUACAUUCCAUACGCAGAACUGGUGUCGUCACUUCUAUCGUGUUUAUGUGGGCUCGAAGUUGUUAGCAGCGAUAUCAAAGAUAUUCGACGUAACAUUAUAAAUAACCGUUUUCCAAAAAAAAACGAUAUUUUCACACCUGACCCUGAAUUGUCGAAGCUAUUUUCUCCUCAAAUCAUGUCCAAAGUGCCCAAUCCUUCUAUUAACAUUCUGAGAAUAUUUAUAGAUAUCCCAGAAAACGAGAUUUCGAACUUGCCAACUCGACUGAAGAUUAUUCAAGACGAUGCUCGAUUUCCUCGACAAUAUCGCGACUAUAGUACUCAUCUUGGGAAAUUUCUAGAAGAUAAUCAAUGUCUUCUUCGCAUAAAAGACGAAAUUGCUGAAAUACGACGAGUACUGACGUUCAACUCUUCAAAUUCGAACAAUCAACAAGUUCCGUGGGUACGAAACAAUUUUAAAUGACUAAAAAUUGGUGAAAUAUGUAGUAAGCAUACUACGUGUUAAAUUGUUCAAAUAUCAUCAAAUUGAAAAAAAUACCAACAUUUUUUGUU